UCUUCUCUUCUCUGGUUCCCCUUUCGUUGUCUUGCUCUUUUUUACGCUUUUCUCUCGCUCUCCUCCACCAAUUAUACACACACCUUUCCCUUUCCUUCCACCUUCACGGAAAAGGAGAAGAAGAGCGGAACAUUUCUCAAGUUCUUUUGUGAAGAGGAAGGAAGAGUGGUUAUAUAAUCCAGUAUUCCCCUCGAUUGCAGUAUUUACGUUUUAUUUGGAAGGAUAUUGUCGAUUCCUUGAUCGUUUGGUGGAUUUGCAUCGGCAGCUAGUGAUCCGAUUAGGGUUUUCUAGCUUUGAAAGGUCUGUAAGUCGCCGAUUUCCAUUUCUGUAGCAGAUUAUUUGAUGGAGCACCGUUCACAAGAGUUGGUGGCAUCAGUGAAAGCUACUCAGAAGUUUGAAAAGAGUCCAUGGGGAUUUAUGUCCAAGCUUGAUUCACGUCAAGGAUCAAGUGAUGCUAAUCUCUUUUCAUGCUCAUUGCCAGCUCUUUCAUGCGAUGGAUUUAAGAGUUUUGAAUCUGGAGUGGGAAUUUGCUCAAUGGAUGAUGUGUCAUCUAAAUUGGACAAGCUCGGUAAAGACAUCGAGGUCAAUGAUUCUAUUGACGGGAUUGACAUUCAAGGAAUUGAAAAAUUUUUGCCUGAUGAGGAUGAACUUUUUGAUAGCAUAAUGAAUAAUUUACAUCAAAGAGAAUUUCUCAGCCAUAUAGAACCAGCGGAAGAUUGUGAUCUCUUUAGCAGUGGAGGUGGGAUUGAGAUGGAUGCUGAUCCUAUAGAUAAUGCUAUUGUUGGUAUGAGCAGGAUAAAUAUUGCUGAUGAUUAUCUGGCGAAUAUAAAUUUUCAUUAUACUCUUCCAAAUGGCAUUGGAACAAUAGCUGGGGAGCACCCUUAUGGUGAACAUCCUUCCAGAACAUUGUUUGUACGAAACAUCAACAGUAACGUUGAAGAUUCAGAAUUGAGAUCCCUUUUUGAGCAACAUGGAGACAUUCGAAGUAUGUAUACUCAAUGCAAACACAGGGGAUUUGUUAUGAUAUCUUACUAUGAUAUUCGACAUGCUCGGAAUGCCAUGCGUGUAUUACAAAACAAACCUUUACGCCGAAGAAAACUUGAUAUCCACUUUUCAAUUCCAAAGGAUAACCCAUCUGAUAAAGAUAUAAAUCAAGGAACUCUUGUCGCUUUUAAUCUGGAUCCAUCAGUCUCUAAUGAUGAUCUUCGUCAAAUAUUUGGGACGGCUGGGGAAGUGAAGGAGAUAAGGGAGACACCACACAAGAAGCACCAUAAGUUCAUCGAGUAUUAUGAUGUUAGAGCGGCAGAGGAUGCCCUACGGUCAUUGAAUGGUUGUGAAAUUGCUGGGAAGAGAAUUAAACUCGAACCUAGUCGACCAGGUGGUGCGCGGAGGAGCAUAAUACAUCAACUGGGCCAAGAGCUGGAGCAUGAUGAAAUGAGAAAUUAUAGGCAUCAAGUGGGUUCACCAUUAACCAAUUCCCCUCCUGGUACAUGGGCACAGUUUAGCAGUCCAGCUGAUACUAGUCCAUUAAAAUCUUCGGUCUUGGGUGGUGGAAGUCAUUUUACCACUAACCAAUUAUCAAACUCCAUGAAGAUUGCACCUAUUGGAAAAGAACAUAAUAGGAUUAAUCGUGCUGAACCCUUGCUAUCUAACUCAUUUCAUGGCAUCCCUUUCCAUCAAUCUCAUUCAUUUCCAGAGAGUGCAGGAGGCUUAAUACCAAAUUUGAGUUGUAGUUCUUGCAUCAUGGCUUCUUCUGGUUCUCCGGCUUCAAGUUCAUCUGAAAUUGAAACGUUAACUGGGCCUCAGUUUCUAUGGGGCAGUCCAACUACGCGUACUGAGCAUAAACAGUCUUGUGCUUGGUCUAGGUCAUCUCUGGGACAGGCAUCAUUAUCUAGUGGACAGGUUCAUGGCUUCCCAUAUUUAAGUCAUCGUGGGUUCUUUUCUGCUUCACACCAUCAUGCUGGAUCUGCUCCUUCUGGUAUUCCUUUUGAGAGGCACUUUGAUCAAUUAAAUGAGGUGUCUGAUUCAUCUCUUUUGAGCUCAGCUUCCUUUGGAAACACGGGUAUUUACCCCCCAAGGCGACCAAUUAACACAGUAAGCUCGUUGUAUGGAAGUAUCUCUGAGAGUACUUCACCUGGGUUCAGAAUGGGCCCGGGAUAUAUCUUUCCUGGGAGCUUGCAAUAUGCUGGCCAUGGAUCCACUGGCUUGGAAGGAUUUACUGAACGUGGCAGGAUGCGCAGACUUGACAAUAAUGCUAUUGAACUUGAAAGUAAAAAGCAAUUUCAGCUUGAUCUUGACAGGAUUAUUAACGGGGAAGACACCAGGACAACGUUAAUGAUAAAAAAUAUUCCAAAUAAGUACACCCGGGAGAUGCUUUUAGCUGCUAUAGAUGAAAAUCACAAGGGUACUUAUGAUUUUCUUUACUUACCCAUUGACUUUAAGAACAAGUGUAAUGUUGGCUACGCUUUCAUAAAUAUGGCAUCUCCAUCACACAUCAUCUCAUUCCAUCAGGCAUUCAGUGGAAAGAAAUGGGAGAGAUUUAAUAGUGAGAAAGUUUCCUCUUUGGCAUAUGCCCGGAUCCAAGGAAAAGCAGCACUAGUUGCCCACUUUCAGAAUUCAAGCUUGAUGAACGAAGACAAAAGAUGUCGCCCCAUUCUCUUUGAUUCUGAGGGCAUGGAGUAUUCAGAUCAGGAACCCUUCCCGGGAAACAGCAUAAACCAUGGUUCCCCGCACCAAGAGGGGACUACAACUGGAGAUUUAUUCGUAAUUGGUGAGAAUUUUGAUAAACUUGAUAAUGAUAGGUUGCUCAUAGGCGGCUUUGGAGAAAGAUAGGCUCGUCGAAAACUUGAUGAUUCUAACCAAGCAUCAAUAUGUAAAGUGUAAAAAACUGAUAGCAGUAAAUAUUGUGGUGGAAUUGUAAAAAUGGUGCACACAUCCACUUUUGAAGCGAUGGAUGCGCUUGACAUGUCAUCACUCCUCAUCAUUGGGAUCACUAAUACUGUUUUUGUGACGAAAUCAACAUUCCAGUGGAUUGUAUAGGAAUAAGUUGGCAAGUGUAAAUAUGAAAUUGUUUUGUUUGAACUGUUGGUAUAUAUUAUCAAACCGGUUUUCUUCAUUUUGUUUUCCUUUUGGUAUCUCAAGAUAUCUGCACAUAUUGUCUACAUUUACAUUGAGAGGAGGGAGGAUUUCUGGUAUGUACAUAUUCAAGACAAACUCUCUGUAUUUGAAUGUUGUUGCUGGAAAAAGAGUCAUUUUAUUUUGUA